CCAAACCUAAGGUCCAACUUAUUUCUUGUCGGAUCAGAUGAUGUGAUAUAUGCAAAGAAAUUAUACUGCGGAACUGCAAUCAAUUUUUAAAGUUGUGUGCCUAAAAUGGACCUGCAGGGCUAGACUACAGAGUAUCUGUAUGAGAACUUCAUUUUAUUUUCGCUGCUUUGAAUUUUCGCCGUUCACCAUGCUGCUUGUCAGUUCCCUGAUUAUAAUCCUUGUUUCGUGUAUUCAGCAGUGUUACGUGUGGGCGAACUUCAUAAAUAACACCUGCAUCGAGCCCAACCCGCCACUGCAACGUUACAUUCGUCCGUUCUUCAUUCGUCCAGAGGAACCGUGCAGCGGCCCAACUCGCGGUGACUGCGUUGAUGGGGAAUGCAUUUGCAAAAGUUGGACGGGCGAAUAUGAUGGUGCAGAGGACACCCACGUUCGGUUCUAUGGGAAAUACUGCGAAUGUGACAACGUCAGUUGUCCCCGGCUUAACAGGGUCAUUUGUGGGGGACGCGGUAUUUGUGACUGUGGCAAAUGCGUUUGUAAUCCCCCCUGGGUUGGCAGUUUCUGCGACAUAACGAUGGAAAGUCUUUCGACAAUGGAACGCCUCAUAGCGGACGUGGCCAGAGAAAGAGCAGCGGCUAACCGGACUGACGAGGAACCGGUUUCUGGACAAAAAGAACGUGCAUAGGGAUUGACUUCCUGUAUUUGUAAGCACCAGCAUACGCAUACGUACAUGGUGCACGUAUCGGUCUUACCUUUAAUUAUCGACCAGGCCCUUUUAAUUUCUCUUAACAUUUGGUAUGGUUAAAUUACGUAGGGAUAGGAAGGAAGGGAGCAGGAAGAGCAUAUUUAUAAAAUCAAAAUUUAUUGAUUACAGUAAUAUUAAUAAGGAUUUUUCCUUUUCCAAGUUCGCGUGCUGGAUAAGCAUCAUUAUGA